AUGGUUGAGGAGGUAGUGCAAGAUCCGGUCGAAGUGCCACAAGAAGAUGGGAUUGUUGCUGAUGCCGAAAAUAACGGUAUGCAUCUGAAGUUCUGCCUCUCUGGGGAACUUGUCUCACGUGAAAACGGCACAUGCAAUCGGUCAGAUCACUAUUUGCGUGCUAUGUCAAUGAGACGUGUUACUGGGAUGCUUCCACUGGCCGGGUCCGGGCUUUUCGAUCCACGGCCGUAUCAGCUGCACUCAUUGGCUACCAUCUGUGUUGAGCAGUUGCUAAAAAGCGUCAAUUGCCCGCACAAGAACAGAAAAGGGCUAUUCAAAGCUGCAGCACUGCGAAAAAAACUGAAGGCAAAUCUGAAGAAGCGACUGACGAUCAAUUACUGCGAUGAUUGCGCCAGACUGAACCCACCGGAACAGCGCCAAUCAGUAUGGAUCUGUGUUACGUGCAGUUAUUUUGGAUGUGAUGAGAAAAAUCACACACUGAAUCAUUUUGAAGCGCAGCGAAGCGGCACGGAGCAUCCGUUAUUUUUUGCCGAACGAAGCGGAAAAUUUCGGUGUUUCCGCUGCGAUAAGGAAUUUGCUGCGAGCGAAGAAGGAAACGGUUCGAUGAAAACAUUUUCUAGUGAUUACAAUUCAUUUUUAAAAACCAAACUAAAAUCUGAUUUAGCGCCCGGUCCUGCACAGUCAGUGAAAGGUGGCAGUGCAAGCGAAAGCUCGAGCCUCGUUGCUGAGGAAUUCGAUAUCCCAAAGAACAGUCAGAAACGUGACGAGGAGUUGCUUGUUCAGAGCAGCACGAUGAAGAAUACCGAAGGAAAAACAUUAGUACCGGUGAAGGGCCUAAGAAAUCUGGGCAACACUUGUUUCUUUAAUGCAAUUAUGCAGUGCCUUCUUCAAACUCACGCCCUCGCUUUGUAUAUCGACUUGGUUGGUCGAGAAGACACUAUCGAGUUGAUGCCCAGUAAAGUGAUGGUCGAUGGUAAACAAGUGCAGGUGCCGCAUGUCUCGUUGCCUUUGGAUUCAUUUGAUGGCCCUCUGAACAGUAUUUUUGCGAGUUUCCUGCGCGAUUUCCGUGCCGGUCGACCAGUGCAGCCCAACUCAUUAUUUAAAGAAAUUUGCAGACUGGCGCCACGUUUUCGUGGCUGGGCACAGCAAGAUUCGCAUGAGUUACUGCAUCAUUUAUUGGACGGACUGAAAACGGAGGAAAUGGCUCGCCACAAGAGAGCGAUUGACAGAUAUGUGGGAGCGCUCGAGAACAGCGAUUCCAGAUUAACGAAAGCGGAGCUGAACUUACUUGCCAAGGUAGCGUAUUAG